AAGAAAAAAAACAGUAAAGGAAACCAGAGGAAACUCAUCGUUGUCACCGGCCUCUUAUAAUUGUUGGAAAUAUAGCUACAUUUAACACAGGUUCAGAAUGUCCGAACGAAAAGUUUUGAACAAAUACUAUCCCCCAGAUUUCGACCCCUCGAAAAUCCCCAAGCUCAAGCUACCUAAAGACCGUCAGUAUGUUGUUCGAUUGAUGGCCCCAUUCAACAUGAGGUGCAAGACCUGCGGGGAGUAUAUAUACAAGGGGAAAAAGUUCAACGCUCGGAAGGAAACAGUACAAAAUGAGCACUACAUGGGACUGCCCAUUUUCCGAUUUUACAUCAAAUGCACAAGAUGCCUGGCUGAGAUCACUUUCAAGACAGACCCAGAGAACACAGACUAUGCAAUGGAGCAUGGUGCCACACGAAAUUUUCAAGCAGAAAAGCUGAUUGAGGAGGAGGAGAAGAAGAUCCAGAGGGAUCGAGAGGAGGAGGAGCUGAACAAUCCCAUGAAGGUCCUGGAGAACCGGACACGUGACUCAAAAAUGGAGAUGGAGGUCCUGGAGAACCUGCAGGAACUGAAGGAGCUGAACCAGCGGCAGGCGCAGGUGGACUUUGAGGGAAUGCUGGGUCAGUACCGGGACCUGGAGCAGCAGCAGCGGCAGAGAGAGGUGGACGAGGACGAGCGUGAGACCAAGGAGAUGCUGGACAGAGCCCUGGUGAAGAGACUGAGGGACUCCGACUCUGACUCUGACCAGGACGAGAAAGAGAAGGCAGGAGUGAAGAAGCACGCAGCAGAGCGGCCCACUGACAUCCUCACAACUGCAAAGAGCACAGACAUCCAGGUGAGCACGGGGCCGGUGAAGCGGGUGCAGCCAGAGAGCUGGGAGCGAAGUGUUGGAGGUUUGGGGGCCAAAGCUGUGCUGGGCUCCCUGGUGGUCAGGAAGAAGCCCACUGCCUCUGCCUCAAAGUCCAGUAGCAGCAGCACACCGUCUGGGCCCAGCACUCAGCAGACAGAAAGGAAGACUGCAACCCCUUCCAGCAGCAACACACAACCAGCAGCCAAGCAGAACAGCUCCCCAGCGACCCAGUCAGCGGUUCCUCAGAACGGUUCCUCUCUCAGCCUGCUGGGGGCGUACUCAGACAGUGAUGACAGUGAUUGAGACGGCCAUGUCUUGUGUACUGGUAGCUUUUAGUAUGUUUGUUUGUCUGUCUAUUUUUUCAAAUGAAAAACCUCACAGCUGUUAUGCAAAAGAUGAGCUGAUAAAAAUCAAGCAGGUGUCUAUUCGUCUGUCUUCAGAUUCAUAGCUCGGAUUCAAAACUUUUUACCCCUGUAUGGAACUGGUCUUUAAAAAGAACCCAUCAGACCUCAUGUUUCAGUUUCACCUACUGGUCUGUGACCUUCUGGUUCAGUCUCCAAGAGUUGUUCUAUUCUGCUCUAUGAGCGAACCAGCACUAAAACUCAGGAUUGCACAUGUGUGUCUGAGUCCUCAGUUUUCUAUCUGUGAUGAUGUACAGUAUAGCUACAAAUGUCUAAAUAAAGUUAUCAUUGAUACUGA